UAUCAACAGCAUCAACACUAACAAUAUGGCGCUAAACGUCAAUUUGGAAUCCAGGUAGCAAAAUUGUAAUCAACGAACCAUGGACGAUUAUAGGUUUUAAAAUGAUAAAGUAUAUGUAAAGUUCCAGCAAUAUAUAUAAACCGCAAAGUGUGCUUAGUUGUCAAGUCCAUACACGCCGAUAACUGCACAUUUAUUUUGGGAGGUCGUUCACAUAGUUCACGUUACAUCUUGUUGAAUGUUUUGACUUUUUCGUGUGUUAAAAGUGCCAAUAUUAUCCUUUGAUUGGAAUUAAAUUAUUAAAAAUCAAAUGGAAGUAGGAACGAAAAUAAAUCGAUGUCAAAUGUUUUCAAAAUGUGAUUGUUUUGGUUACUACGAAAGUGCAUAGUGAAAUAAAGUCUCCUGCUUUCUGUUUUCGAAGCAUGUCAAAUGUAAAUAUAUUGUCAUUGGAUUUACAUCCUGCUAAUGUGCACAAAACACAUGGUGGUAAGAAAGGGUCAACAUCGUUGAUUAAAUAUGAGGAUGAACUAAUUCCUAUAGUAACACCACGAUUAAAUCAAUCACAGGGUUCAAAAAGAGUAGCGGCAGGACCUAUUGUAACCACUAGUGAUGAAGAAAGUGACAGUUUGCCACCAAGUCCGAGAUCUAAUGAUACAUCUUUAAAUCAGAAUCGUGAGGCUUGUGAACAUGAUCAUGACUAUGAAAAUGUGGCAUCACCCAGUGGCAGUAGUACUGCCAGUGGCCCUACAUAUGAACGACCUCCUGGAUUUAAGUUUCAUGCACAUGAAAUAAAAAAGACUAAAAAGAAAAAGACAAGUGUUUACUUUGGUGACUUUAAAGGUGGAUUAAAGAAACGGGCACCAACACCUCCAAAAGUGAAACCUAGAAGAGACUCGGUUCCUAUGCGGUUGCGGGCAUUACCACAGUCAUUUUGGAAACAACCAAAUUGUCCGAGCAAUGUGUCACCUGGUAACCUGUUUCCUUCAUUACCACCAUUAGGGACUAAGGAAACAGGGGAAGACUUUCAAGAUGUUCGACCAAUAACACCCCCAGAAGACAAGAUGAAGAAACCAUCUCGACCUGCUCAAGAGAGAAAGCUUAUAAUAACAGGAGAUACAGACUUGUGGAUGAAGAAACUGUUUGAUAGGGUUAAACCAGAAGGUCAUAAAGAUCAAGGGUCAAUUAGACGGGGAAGCAGACAGAAGAAGGUUACAAUACCUACUAAGGUACACAUCACUAACUCUAAGGCUAUUGUUUCUGGAGAAGAUCCUUACUUGGUUGAUACGAUUGCUGACAAGUAUUUACCGCAUUUGUCAUUGGACAAUAAAAAUGGCUACGGAGGAACAGCCUCCUUACAAUUAGUGACAUUACGUGAAGGCGACAAAUCUGUGACACUGCCUUCGUUAAGUGUGGAACAAAAUUAUUCACAAAUGUUAACGGAACUUGUGAUGAACAUAUAAAAAGGGACGAACGUCUAGUCCAAAAUGGAGGACAAGUUGUUAAAGAUGUCAUGUGAUCAUGGUUGUUAAAUUUGAACAAAUUUUACAAGAGAAAAUAUCUGUUAAUUAUGGUUAAUUUUAUGUGUUGUUACGGAUAAUUUAUAUUUGUUUGUUUUAGUUAAAAAAGAAAACUUCCGGUGUUCUUUAACAGAAAAGAAUCAUGGUUCAUAAAUUAGAACAAAGAUAUAUAAAUUUGUUAAAGAAUAUUUUCAUCAGAGUUAUUUUUACAUGAUAUUCAGGAAUUUUUUGGGUGACUAUUUUAUUGCCAGCUAAGAUUUGAAAUGUUGAAUGCAUUUAUGUUUUUUUUUUUCUUAUGAUGUCGUAUAAACAUACCACACAUAGUUGAGUGAUAGUGUUUGUACACAAAAAUGUUUAGAAGUUGUUGAUUGUGUUUUUACACAAAAAGGGCAUUUCUUUGUAACAGAGCGUUUGUCAUUUGUUUCAGAGAGUGUCCCCUGCACAUUUAGAUGUCAUUUUAUUGUAAAUGAACAUUUUUUUUUUGUACACAGUUAAAACUCACGAUCUGAUCUGAUAUCAUCAUUUUUAUUCAACAAAACUUUUAUUUAACCAUUAUGUGUAAAUAUGCCAGUAGUAUGCCGUCCAUUUUCAAAGGGAGCUAACUCUUGAUUUGUUCACAUGUCAACAUCUUUGUUAUAAGUAUUCCCUCCAUUUUACAUCCCAUAAUUCUCACUUGGAAUCAUGGGAUAGCUGUAUCUGUGAUAUUGUAUUUAUUUUUGUUAUUUAUUUAUAAUUAUUUGAAAUUUUAAAAAUUCAGUUGUUUGUUUUUGUUGUUGAAAAGUAAACUUGAAAAUUUUCAUUUGAUUUUAGUUAAAUGUUUUUGAAAAGAAUUCCACUUUGCAUUGACAUUUAUAUGAAAUUGUUUGAAGGAGACUUAAAAGUCAAUUUUUUUAAAGAAAAACAAUCCGAAAUUAAUUGUUUGUUCAUUGUUUUGAAUAGAAAGGAAAAGAGUCUUUCAAAAUAUUUUUUUAGUACAGAAAAUCAUUUAUAAAAUUUGGUAAAAAUUUAAAAAGAUUAUUUUAGAAUG